GGCAGUGCUCAUAAUGAAGAUCGAUUGAUAAUCAGAACUGUCCUCUUUGGAAAGAAGUGUUGAGCUUCAUCCAUGGAAACGAUAGAUCCGAUGCGGUUCUCUGCUGUUCCCGUCGUCUUGCUCGUCCUCUCUUUCUUAUUCCUCAGAUCCCUUCGCCGGCGGCGAACUCUUCAUCUGCCUCCGAGCCCAAUGAGCCUGCCCAUAAUCGGCCACCUCCACCUCCUCGCGCCGAUCCCCCACCAAGCCCUUCACAAGCUCUCCCAGCGCCAGCGUCUAGGUGACAUUUUCAGCCUCCGCCUAGGAUCCGUCCCCUGUGCGGUGGUUUCCACUGCCUCCGCUGCCAGAGAGGUCCUGAGGACGCAGGAGUUUGCCUUCGCCAACCGUCCUAUGUCCAAAGCCGCGGACUGCCUCACCUACGGCGCCUCAGGUAUAGCCUUCGCGCCCUACGGACCGUCCUGGAAGUUUAUGAAAAAACUCUGCAUAUCAGAGCUCCUCGGAGGUCGGACGCUUGACCUGCUCCUCCACAUCCGACGCGACGAGUUGGUCGCUCUCGUGCGAACCUUGUACGACAGGUCCAAGGAAGGAACAACCACCGUCGACAUGGGCGGCGAGUUGGUAAGACUCACCAACAAUGUGAUCUGCCAGAUGACGAUGAGCCGUCGGUGCUCUGGGUUGGAGGGAGCGUCGGAGGGGGUCAGGAAGCUAGUGGCGGAGGUGGCUGAGCUGCUCGGCAAGUUCAAUCUGGCAGAUUAUAUUGGGAUCUGCAAGGAUUGGGACUUGCAGGGUUUAGAUAAGAAGAUGGAGGACGUCCACCGGAGGUUCGAUAGCAUGGUGGAGAGGAUCUUGACGGAGAAGGAGGCGUCCAGGAGAAAACAAGGAAGCGGAAUCGAGGAUUUGCUGGAUAUUUUAAUCGAUAUUUCAGAGGAUGCCAGUGCAGAAGUGAGGUUGAGUAGACAAGACAUCAAAGCCUUCGUGUUAGAUAUGUUCGUCGGCGGCACCGACACCUCAGCCAUCACCAUGGAAUGGGCGCUGGCAGAGCUCAUCAACCACCCGAACAUCCUGAACAAAGCACGAGACGAGAUCGAAGCGGUGGUCGGCAAGAAAAGGCUGGUGGCGGAGUCCGACUUACCCAAUCUUCCUUACCUGCAGGCCAUUGUCAAGGAGACUCUGAGGCUGCAUCCCACCGUCCCGAUGAUCAUACGACGAUCGAACAGGGACGGCAAGAUCAAAGGCUAUGACGUUCCGGCGAACACGACGGUCUUUGUCAACAUGUGGGCCAUCGGGAAGGACCCGAAGCAAUGGUCGGAGCCACUAGAGUUCCGGCCGGAGAGGUUCACGGAGGAGGGCGGGCAUACUGUGGAUGUCCGGGGGCAGCACUUUGAGCUAAUACCGUUCGGCAGUGGCCGGAGAAUUUGUCCAGGGAUGUCCCUGGCGCUGCAACUGGUACAUUCUGCGCUUGGGGCGAUGAUACAGUGCUUCGAUUGGGAGGUGGAGGGUGGAGGGACGGUGGACAUGGCGGAAGGUCUAGGCCUAACGCUUCCCAAGGCCAAACCGCUGAUCUGCACGCCGGUGCCGCGGUUGAACCCACCGCCGUUGGAUUAGGAAUGUGAAUGUGUUAAUGUUAUAAAGGGCCGUUGGAUUAGGAACGUGAAUGUGUUAAUGUUAGAAAGGGCCUGUAUGAUUGUUAUCCCGUGACGGUUCUAGUACGUAAUAGUGUGAGCAUGUUUAUCGUGUCCUAGUUGCCGCCCUCGCCAAUAAUGUGAUUCAACGUGCCUUUCCAAAUAAAGUAAUAUAGAUUUGUCACAAA